AGAGUGAGAGACAUUUUUUUUUUUACGUGAUUCCCUAAAUAAUAAUGGGUUGUGUCUGUGUUAAACCUAAAGAAGAAGAAUAUAAAUUCCCUAUACCCGAUGAUGUAGAUAUCCCUUUUUCUCAAAUGUUACAUUAUGUACAUAGAUUUAUAUGGCAAGGAAAUUUUUCCUCCCCUGUUGAAGAAUGUUUAAAAUCUUCUAGUUCAAGAGCUCGAGUAUUGAACGUUAAAUGUGGUGAAGGCGCGUGGUUAAAAGAUAACGCUAAAUUAUAUCAAACUGCCGAUUUUUUUGGUUGUGAUAUUACCGCUACUUUACAAUAUGAUGUUUCUCCUUCAUUUCUUAAAGCUGAUAUUUUGGAUGGUCUUCGAUAUUAUGAUAAGAAUACCUUUGAUUUUAUUUAUCUUCAAUUCGGUUUAUACACUGAAAAUGAAUGGCGUGAUAAGGUUAUAAAAGAACUGGUUCGUUUAUGUAAACCUGGUGGUUGGAUAGAAAUUCUGGAUUGUGAAAAUCAAUUUUAUAACGAACGUGAUACGACAAGUCGAUUAGGACAAGCAUAUCGAUUAUAUCUUGAAUCUAAACAAAUAAACCCUCUGGUAAGUUCACUAUUCGAAGAAUUCUUGAGUAACACAAAUCAAAUUAUUAAAAUUCAUAAAGAAGAAAAAGAAUGUAUUUUAGGAGUUAAAGGAGGUAGAGUUGGAAAAUAUUUACUUCAAAAUAUCGUAACAACCUGGAAAAAUUCAAAAGUUUUAAUAUCAGAAUCUAUGGGAAUUACUCAAGAUCAAUAUGAUAAAUUAAUUCAACAAUUUAUAAAUGAAAUUAAUAAAUCGAAGACUUCUAUAAAAUUUGUAAGAGUUUAUGGUCAAAAAAAUGAUAGAUAGAAAAUUAAUAAAUAAUAAUAUUAAUAUUAAU